AUGGCUUCGCGCCAAUAUGUCCCUGGUGUUACCUUGGGCAGCCUAUGGCCUUCACUUUCAGAGCACCACAAAAGCGCAGUCCUAGCCCAGCUUCAAUUAAUUUUCACAGACAUGAGGUCGCUCCCUUCCCCUGUAUUUUACAGUAGUAUUAUACAAGGGCCUGUUCCACACCAAUACUUCCUCUCGCGAGAUGGAAAUCCUGCGAUUACUGGCCCUUUCCUCAAAGGAGAAGAUUUAAGUAAAGCCAUUGCUCUUCGGCCCAGACAUAAGUGGGACUACAGAGGCAAACAUGGUUGGACUUCUGACUUUCUGACUCGACACCUUCCGCUGGCUCUUAGUGGCCAUCCGCCGACAUUUACUCAUAGGGACCUAUACAGAGAAAAUAUCCUUAUCAGCAAAGUCAGUAAUCCAAAUUCUGGAGUUAAGGAGUACACAAUUGCUGCUAUCAUCGAUUGGGAAACAGCUGGCUGCGUGGAGGAAAUUAUUGAUCCUUGGCCGCUGGAAGGCACUUUAUUCCGAUUUGUGUUUGAUAAUUUGGAGUUUUAG